AUGCUGUCAUUUGCUGUGAGCGUCGCUCUUGGCGCGCUGGGCUGUGCGCUCGUUUUAUCCCCUGUCCUAGGUAUCCAGACGUCAGUCGCGUUCAGCACCUCUGGAACAACGUUAGCGAGCGCGGUGCAGCCUGCUGCUUCGUCUUCGCUUUUCAUUCCGGAUGCCGCUAGUCGCGUCAAUGUGUUCGUAGGGACGACGAAUGGAGGACACGUCUUUCCAGGAGCUCUCAUACCGCAAGGGAUGGUCAAAGCUGGCAUGGACACCGACUCCCCAGGCAAUCAUGCCGGGUACGACGCUAAUCCUAUAUUCAACGUGACGGGAUUCUCCCAAUUGCACGAUGACGGUACAGGAGGAGCUGUACCCUUAUCCAACUUCAAGCUGUUUCCCUUAGCUUCUUGUGGUAAGGGCAACACCUUCGAGGAAUGUCAGACUUCGAUCGAUGGACGCAAGGUCCUGAGGAAUGUUCUUGAUGAUGGUUCCCCUGACGAUGCCGGAGAGCCGGGUUACUUCGCGUCGAACUUGUCCACGGGGAUUCGCGUUGAGCUCACAUCUACACGUCGGACAGCACUCCACCGUUACACUUUCCCCGCCAAGACCGAGUUCCCUCGUAUUGUCGUGGACAUCACGAACGAUGGUCAACAGAGCAGCACCGACCCCACCAUGGAGCUUGAUGAGACAACAGGUCGCGUGAAGGGCGGGGCGCGUUUCGCCGCUUCCUUUGGUCCUGGCCGCUACCAAGCCUUUGCAUGCGUAGACUUCAAGGGUGAUGGCUAUGAUCUUGGUGCACCCAUUGAGUUUGGUGCCUGGCUCGGCAACUUCCCAGUAAAGAACACCUGGACCAUAAACCAGCUGUAUACCAGCUUUGUCGACGAACUGGGUGCACUGUUCACCUUCAAUCCAAAGCCGGAAGGCGUCACAACCAUUCUCGCUCGCAUUGGCGUCUCCCUAAUUUCUGCAGACCAAGCGUGCGCAAACGCAGAGCAGGAGAUUCCCGAAAUCGACUUUGAGGGCACGCGUGCGGCCUCCCGCGCUCAGUGGAGUGAGCUUCUCGGACGUAUCCAGAUUGAUCCAAAGGGCGUCGACCCGGAGAUUGUGGACCUGUUCUACAGCUCACUGUACAGGACACACCUUUCUCCUGCGGACUACACUGAUGAAAACCCUCUCUGGGACUCCCCUGAGCCGUAUUACGACUCGUUCUACUGCAACUGGGAUACCUACCGAACUCUGUAUCCGCUGAUGGCACUGCACGACCCGGCCACAUUUGCGAGAAUCGUUCGUGGCAUGAUUAAUAUUCAGCAGCACGAAGGAUGGCUGCCAGAAUGCAGGGGUGCCACCGCGAAGCACUACAUCCAGGGAGGCAGCAAUGGAGACCCCAUUUUGGCCGAAUUCUACGUGAAGUUCCAAGAGCAGGCGGAUGCUCUCAGUGUACCUGCAGACGCUCUGUAUAAUGCCCUAGUAGCAGACGCGGAGCAGGAGUCAGGAAAUUGGGAUCUUCAGGGAAGGCAGGCUAGCACUUGGAAAAUACUUAAUUACAUCCCGCAAGAUCUCUUCGAGAGGAAUGGUUCCAACUCGAAGCAGGUGUCAAGGACGCUCGAGUAUUCUUUCGACGACUUCACCAUCUCUCAGGUUGCAAAGGCCCUAGGCAAAACAGCUGAUGGUAGUAAGUAUGCCCAGCGCUCGGAGAAUUAUCAGAACGUGUGGAAUGCCAACCUCACGUUCCCGGGGAGGAGUGAUAUCGUCGGCUUCAUGCAGCCUCGCUUCGUUAAUGGCACGUUCAACUUCACAGACCCUCGUCAUUGCAGCAUCCACGACCCGCUGCAAGCUACUUGCUUUCUGAACGCUCAAAACCACGAUGGUUUUUAUGAAGGAUCGCCGAUCACAUACUCGCAAUACGUUCCCCACGACACUGCAAAGCUGAUCGAGUUGCAAGGCGGGAACCAGAAGUUCAUCGACAGACUGAACUUCAUAUUUGAGGAGGGAUAUUUCGACUCAACGGAUGAGCCCUCCCAACAGAUCCCUUUCAUGUACCACUACGCGAACAGGCCUGGGCUGAGUACCCAGAGGUCGCGGCAAGUCAUCGCUCAGUUCUUCAACACCUCCACGAAUGGUCUCCCAGGAAACGAUGAUUCUGGGGCAAUGGGUAGCUAUGUCGCUUUCUACCUCGCCGGCCUGUACCCUCUCCCUGCUACACGCCAGUUCCUCCUCUCCUCUCCUUACUUCCCCGAGAUCUCCUUUCGAAACCCGGUACUGAACACGACUACGACAAUCCGCUCGAUUAACUUCAAGGGCAACCCCAAUGAUGGAACUGGGGGUCAGGUUUUUGUGAAGAGCGUCAAGAUCGAUGGGAAGCCGUGGCACUCGAACUGCUUCAUUGAGUGGGACACGUUCACUAACGGCUCCCUCAUCGAGCUGCAGUUGACGAACGAGAUCAACGUUUCCUGCGGAAACGACAAGAGCGCUCUCCCCCCUUCCCUUUCUACUGGUGGCUACAACUAG